AUGAAGCUCUUUUCCAUCAGCGGCGCUACCACACUUUUCUAUAUUUUAGCACCAGUGACAGCCAUGUCAGACGUAAAAUAUCCAGGUCUAUUGCGGGUGCCCAACCCAAAUAAUUACUUCGAAUUUUUGUGUCCAAGUUUUAUAACAUACAACAAACCUACUCUUAUGGACAAAAUUCAGAUGAUCAGGCGAGUGGCAGGUAACCCUCAAAUGAGAGAUUACCACCCCAAAGCUUUCGAUUUCCAUCAAUUUAACAUCCCAGGAGAACAGUUAUAUUAUCCUCUUUCAGCGGCCGGGGCCAUGCAAGAUUAUCUCGUAUUUAGCACAGACUAUGUGAUAGCUGGCGUGGUCACUCGCAGUAUUCUUGCUAAUAGCGAAGAAGACUACGCCCCCUGUGAUAUCAUAGUGUGA